CAGCGCGUCGUUUUUGAAGUUCUCUUUCACUCUGUUUGUGAGUUUAAGUGUUGAAGUCCAAAAGUGUUGAAAUAAUGGCUGAUGAACAGGGACGUGGGCGCAGGCGUCCACUUGAUGAAGAAGAACCCUCUACUUCUCGAGGAAAUAGGGAUGGGCCGCAAAGUAAAAUAUUUAAAGGUUCUUCAUUGGAUGGCUCGAGGCAAGAUUCCCGUGCAGGAUCUUCGAGAGCAGAUCCCCGUGUCGAUCGCGGGGGUACUCAUGAUCGUGAGGAAGGAGGUCAUGAUGGAGCUCCCAGGCGAGAAGAAGGGUGUCCUACAGAACGUCGGCCGCGGGGCGAUCGCUUUGACAUCGUGAAUACCCGUCCGAUUGAAUUGGUAUCCAAAAAGGGGACGGACGGAAAACCAGUAAUGCUGCAAACAAACUUCUUCCGUCUAAAUACUAAGCCGGAGUGGCGAAUCGUCCAUUACCAUGUGCAGUUCGAGCCGACCAUUGAGAACCCUCGUGUCCGUAUGGGCAUAUUGUCGAAUCAUGCAAACAUUCUGGGAUCCGGUUAUCUCUUCGACGGGCUACAAUUGUUCACCACCCGGAAAUUCGAACAGGAUUUAACUGUGCUCAGCGGAAAGUCUAAACUUGACAUUGAUUACAAAAUAUCAAUCAAGUUUGUUGGAUACAUAUCUACCGCAGAGCCUCGAUUUUUGCAAGUUUUAAAUCUGAUUUUGCGCCGCUCCAUGAAAGGCUUGAAGCUGGAAUUAGUGGGACGAAAUCUUUUUGAUCCCCGUGCUAAGGUCGAAAUUAGGGAGUUCAGAAUGGAGCUGUGGCCGGGGUAUGAAACAUCGAUCCGGCAACACGAAAAAGACAUUCUUUUGUCUACUGAAAUAACGCAUAAAGUCAUGCGAACUGAAACAGUCUAUGAUAUUUUGCGACGUUGUUCGCAAAAUCCGGCUCGACACCAGGACGAAUUCCGUGUAAAUGUUUUGGAUUUGAUCGUUCUAACUGAUUAUAAUAAUAAAACAUACCGAAUUAAUGAUGUAGACUUUGGGCAAACUCCGAAGUCGACAUUUAGUUGCAAGGGUAGGGAUGUUAGUUUUGUGGAGUACUACCUGACUAAAUAUAACAUUCGCAUCCGGGAUCAUAAUCAGCCCUUGUUGAUAUCCAAAAAUAGGGACUCUGCUCAAAAAACCAACGCAAGUGAGUUGGUGGUCCUUAUUCCCGAGCUUUGCCGAGUAACUGGCCUUACUGACGAUAUGCGAUCAAACUUUCAACUAAUGAGAUCUAUGCAUGGGUACACGCGAAUGAAUCCCAAGCAACGCAUAGAUCGUCUGCGCACUUUUAAUCACCGCUUGCAAAGCACUCCAGAAAGUGUGAAAGUUUUGAGAGACUGGCACAUGGAUCUCGACAAGAAUCUCACUGAAGUCAGAGGCCGCAUAAUUGAACCGCAGAAGAUCGUAUUCCAACAUGCCAAGGUUCCGGCUGGCGAAUCCGCUGAUUGGACAAGAUCCUUCAGAGAUCAAAAGAUGCUUACCACUCCGACCGGUGGCCUCGAUCGCUGGGCAGUCAUCGCACCAGAGAGAAAUUCUCGUGAGCUAAGAAAUUUGCUUGAAAAUUUGUUUAGAGCAGCUGGAGGAAUGGGCCUUCAAAUUAGAAGCCCACAAGAAAUCAAAAUUUAUGAUGAUCGCACAGCAACUUAUGUAAGAGCUAUGGACGAUUGUGCCCGGAUGGAUCCCAAACUCAUCUUAUGCCUUGUUCCCAACAACAACGUUGAAAGAUACUCAUCAAUUAAGAAGAGAGGAUAUGUAGAUAGAGCUGUUCCAACCCAAGUCGUCACGACUAAAACGGCUAACAAUCGAACAUUAAUGAGUAUAGCCACCAAAAUAGCAAUCCAAUUGAAUUGCAAGUUGGGAUAUACUCCCUGGAUGAUCGAGCUGCCAUUGUCUGGGCUAAUGACGAUCGGUUUUGACAUUGCAAAGAGCACACGUGAUCGCAAGAGGGCAUACGGAGCGUUGGUCGCUUCGAUGGAUCUUCAACAAAAUUCCACGUACUUUAGCACUGUCUCUGAGUGCAGUGCCUUUGAUGUCCUGUCCAACACCCUUUGGCCAAUGAUUGGAAAGGCCCUGCGUCAGUAUCAUCGAGAGCAUAAGAAGCUACCAGCCCGUAUCCUACUUUAUCGGGACGGUGUGAGCUCAGGCUCUCUAAAGCAGCUAUUCGAAUAUGAGGUGAAGGACAUUGUAGAAAAGCUGGAUGCCGAGUAUAAGCGCGCCAACUCCACUCCACCGCAGUUAUCUUACAUUGUGGUUACCAAGUCGAUGAACGCGCGUUUCUUCCUCAAUGGACAAAAUCCCCCACCCGGAACUAUCGUCGAUGACGUUAUAACUCUCCCAGAACGCUACGAUUUUUACCUUGUUUCGCAGCAAGUUCGUCAGGGAACCGUGUCGCCGACCAGCUACAACGUUCUCUACAGCAACAUGGGCAUCAGCCCAGAGAAAAUCCAAAAACUCACGUACAAGAUGUGCCAUCUUUACUACAAUUGGUCAGGCACCACACGUGUCCCUGCCGUUUGUCAAUAUGCCAAAAAACUGGCUACCCUUGUCGGUACAAACUUGCACUCUAUUCCGCAGAAUGCGCUUGAAAAGAAGUUUUAUUACCUAUGAAUGCAUAUUCCUUAAGAUAACGUUGAACCAUAACCGGCAGUGAAAGAAACUAGCCCAGGCAUUUUUGCUUUACGAAUAUUUCCUUUUUUUCCGUAAGCACUUGCGCUUAAAAGUUGCCUUAUUGGCAUUCAAGUGGAAACCUAUUUAGGUCAUCCUAAAUAUUAAAAUUAAUUUGACAUCUAAAGCUUCUGGUAUUAAGCACAAACUGUCAGAGUUCCUAAAAAUCAAUAA